AGCCUCCAUUGUUAUGGGUCCUCCAUUUCGCUGAAAAUAGAUCUCUCCGUAUCUCUUUGUCCCCUCACUUGCUUCUGUUGCUUCUCUUUAUUCAUUUCCUAGGGUUUCGUUCCGUCUUCAAGAGCGAACGAGCUAAAGAUUUGAUUGAAGCCGUGAUCGAAAGUCGAGGAGAUUCCGUUUAUUCGAUCGAUCAAGAGUGAGAUAAUCCUUGUCAUGGCUGGAAUUUGCUGCGGCGUGGUCGGGGAGAGCGAGCCGUCGGCUCCGGCGGAGCCGAGCUCCCGGGGCUCGAGGCUGCGGAUCCUGGACCCUCUGCCGUUCAAGUUCGUCGCCGACAGGGCCGUGCCGCCUCUCUCGGAGAACGGCCGCAAGAGGCAUAGGAUCGAGGUAUUGCCCAGCGAGGGAAUCGAGGGUCGCAAGCCGAGGAAGGCCAGGGUCGAAGAGGAGAAAGUGAAAGGGGUGGCCGACAUCAAGGUCGCGAGGACGGAUGGGUCGUUGAAUUCGAGGGAGAACGUGCAAGUUGAGCCGCAGGAGUGCCCUAAGUUCGGGUUGACUUCGGUCUGUGGCCGUAGAAGGGACAUGGAAGACGCCGUUUCCGUCGCGCCUUCGUUCUGCAGCGAAAGUCGGCAGAAACCUAACGGAUUGCAUCUCUUCGGCGUCUUCGACGGCCAUGGUUGCUCUCAUGUUGCUAUCAAGUGUAAGAAGCGGCUGCACGAGAUAGUGAGGGAGGAGAUCGGGAGAUGCAAGGAGUCCUCGGUGCAGUGGAAAGAGGCGAUGGAGCGAAGCUUUGCCAGGAUGGACAACGAGGUGGAGUGGAGCGACGUGGCCAAGACCUCGAAUUGCCGGUGCGAGCUCCAAACUCCGCACUGCGAUGCCGUUGGAUCGACGGCCGUCGUCGCGAUCGUUACGCCGGACAAGAUCAUCGUCGCCAACUGCGGCGAUUCGCGUGCCGUCCUCUGCCGCAACGGCGUCGCCAUCCCCCUCUCAUCCGAUCAUAAGCCGGAUCGACCGGACGAGCUGGAGCGGAUCCAAAACGCCGGUGGCCGGGUCAUCUACUGGGACGGAGCGCGUGUUCUCGGAGUUCUUGCCAUGUCGAGAGCCAUCGGCGACAACUACUUGAAACCGUAUGUCAUACCCGACCCGGAGGUGACGAUAAUGGAUCGGACGGCCGAGGACGAGUGUCUGAUCCUGGCGAGCGAUGGGCUGUGGGAUGUGGUCUCAAACGACACGGCAUGCGGCGUGGCCCGAAUGUGCCUGCGGGCGCAGAGGCCGCCCUCGCCGCCGCGAUCGCCGGGCUCCGACCUGGCGGUGGGCGCCAACGCGGAGAGUUCGGACAAGGCGUGCUCUGAUGCCUCGAUUUUGCUGACGAAGUUGGCUCUGGCCAGGCACAGCACGGACAAUGUGAGCGUCGUCGUGGUUGAUUUGAAGAGAGACCGCUAACAACAAUGGCCCGGCGCUCCUUUUCCGUUUUGCUUUAAUUAGGCCGUGCCGAUAUUUUACUACAGCAUCGUAGAUCGACCAUGGAGUGACCCAAAAAAGAGAAGAUUUCGAGUUGUUCCAAAAUUGUAAUUAAACUCCUAAACUAGGGGGGAUGUAAUUGGUUUUUUCCACAUCUGGGUGAAUGACAAAAUGGCAAUUACCCGAGUGAAAAAGACCCAAUUAA